AUGUCGGAGUUGUCGACUGUCACUGCCCAGUGCAACUCUUGGGUCAAAUUGGCUGGCAGGUCCACGGUUGCAGCAUCAGGCCGGUGGCUGGAUGGUAUCCGAAAAUGGUAUUACAACACUACAGGGUUCAAUAAGCUUGGCUUAAUGCAAGAUGAUACUAUCUACGAUAAUGAAGAUGUAAAAGAAGCUAUAAGAAGACUUCCUGAGAGACUUUAUAAUGACCGGAUGUGUCGCAUUAAGAGAGCACUGGACCUGUCCAUGAGGCAGCAGAUCUUGCCUAAAGAACAGUGGACAAAAUUUGAAGAGGAUAAAUUCUACCUUGAGCCAUACCUGAAAGAGGUUAUUCGGGAAAUAAAAGAGAGAGAAGAAUGGGCAAAGAAAUAA